CUGAGCGACUUUGUUAACCCGUGACGAAUUUAGUGAACUUGUGUUCAAUGUGUGACAAAGCCUCUGAGUUUAUAUUUAAAUAGCCAUGAUAUCAACAUUGUUUUAUUGCAUUGCGUUAUCUUUACAUGUUUUCACCCAAUUCAACUUAAACAGUUUUGGUAGAGGACGCUAAUGUUUAACCAUUUACUCGAACAGUUAGAAUAAAACCAUAAAAGGAGGAUGGAUACACCUAAUCUAUCAGCUCUGCAUGUUUGAACUCAUAAAAGUGGCAAGGAUUUCGCCGGCUUCUGCUCUAGCAGAUUUUUUUGUAUCAAAACUUGUCUCCCUUGACAGAGGGCGCUGAUGUCAUGAGAUGCGAAAUGGCGGUGAUGAACUCAUAACGUGAGUUACCUUUGACAAUCACAAAAGACUUUUACGACCAUAGUCAGUGUAGAUAAUUAUGAGCGCGGCUACGGAGCACCCGCUGGCCCCAGGAGGGCGAUCCCAUCCACCAGACCAACUGACAAGAGAUGAUAUAGGCAACCAGGCCAGAUAUUUGUUAAAUAAUUUUAUACAUGAGCGGUUAUCUGAGCAUGAUAGAAUUAAUAAUUCUCCAGCUGUGGAAGCUCUGCAGGAGCCUGACACUCCAUCAGGCCCUCCAAUGGAGCAUGUACGAGAAAUAGGUCGAGCUUUGAGGUGUAUUGGGGAUGAGCUUGAUGGGGACGAGGACCUGCAGAACCUCAUCUCCCAGAUUCCACCUGAUGCCCCUCAGCAGACAUUCAUGUCUGUGGCCAGGGAAAUCUUCUCUGAUGGCAAUUUCAAUUGGGGGCGUGUUGUGGCCUUAUUUUAUUUCGCGUACAAAAUGGCUCUUAAGGCCUUGGACAGAAUUCCCUUAAUUCGAGCAUAGUUUAAUUGGGUAAUAAAUUACAUUGUGGAUUGUGUGGCUCCCUGGAUCAUAGAGCGAGGCGGCUGGGAUGCCAUUGUGGAAUAUUUUGGCACCCCAGUGUCACAGAUGCUAGGUGUUUUGACAACAGCACUCCUUGCAAGUGGACUGAUCAUCGUGUGGAAGAACUUCUUUCAUUCUUGACUCAAAUUUGUGUGAAUAAAACAAUAUUCCAGAUUUGUCUCCCCUGGCACUAGAUGGUGUGACUGACGGUGAUAUGUACAUAACCCAGCCAUCUCUCACUAGUCAGCCCAACAGUAGAAAUUGUGAUCGGCGUGUGAAGGCCUGAGGAACAAUGGGUAGUGUAUUAGUUAGUGCUUCAGAUGUAUACUUUGUGUAUACGGAUGUGCACAGGGAUGUUUUCUCAGCAUGUAUUAACAGGAGACUACUUUUGGCUCAGAAAAGGACUUUGUUUUAUGCCACCUGAAUAUUACAUACGUAAUAAGUCAUGUACAAAAAAGGUACCUCUGCUUUAAUUUAUUGUAGAUAAGUACAAUAGCAGUUGUGUUUUCAUCACCUUCACCUCUUGUAUCACUGGGCAUUUCUUCUCUGGUGUAGAUAAUAUAUAUCUUAACUUUUGGCAUAAUAUAGAUGCCUCAGCUGUGUGGUUAUGCCUGAAGUACUGCAGGGGAGCUACCCCCAGAUCUUUGUGUCUUAGGCAUCUGUCUAGUAGAAUGAAUUAAUACUGUGUUUAAGAGCUGUUUUCUGGGGUUUUUUUUAGUUAUUGUGAGUGCUGCUUUAUAAAUUUUAUUGAUGUACCACAGCACAAAAUCAUGGAUUCUCUUGUCAGAAAAAUUGAGGGAAAAAAUGUUCUAACGUUUUUACAUGCCGAGUUGUGCGUGUGUUUAUUUGAGGUGGUUUUUGUGGUCUGGUCUCAACCCCAUGUUAGUUACAAUAUUUAAAUGGUCAAAUACCUUAUCAAAUGGUCAUGUUAAGUGUGGUGUCUCGAUGCUUGCAUCGUAGUUAAGUGAUUUAUGGGAUGCUUUGCAAGAUGGUUGGUAUCAGUGUAUUAAAGAGAACCCAAAAAUUAUGUGAUAAGGAACAUUUUGAAAAUAGUUACUUUCUGUUAAAUCAUCUCCAGGUAUUUUCCUUAGGAUAAUUUAAUGUACUUUUAGAAUCAUAUGCUCAAAGUAAUGUGAAAGGGCCUCAGAAAAUAUUGUCUCAAAAAACCCUACCUUCUGUACACUUCAACUUAUUAAAUCCUUGUGUACAUCACUACACAAUAACUAGAUUGUAGAAUAUUGCUAUAUGUACUAGAAUCAAAACUUGUGAAAAGGGCAUCUCUCCACAUGUUUACUCCAGGAAACCUUCCUAUACCAUGUCAUUCUCAGCAGUCAAAAGAAAGGUAACAGAAUAUUAUUUGUAUCAUAUCUUAUUUAUAUCGUAACUUGUGAACACUGUUGUCUGAAGCCGAAGAAGAUUUUUUCCUUCCUCUGCCACUGUAGCUUACUGCUGGGGUGGGUUCAGUAUGAUUGCAUCUGUUGCCCUCAGAUGUUCAUACUAACGGUAUUAUGUAAACCAAGAGAAAAUUGAUCACAUUUAUAACAUACUAUGUAUUCAGAAUUCUUUUUGUGCAAGGAAAAAAGCCAGCAUUACAAUAUGUUACCAAAUCUUACUAAGCUAAAAUGGCUUUUGUUCAGAAUUUUUGAUAUGGGACAUGAUAUUUACCAGUGAUUAUCUGUGUUCAAUCAUGCUCAGCUGCUGUAAUCAGAGUUAUGUUGAAACUAUGCUUUUAUCAAAGAUGCCAGUGUCAUAGAUGCAUCUUGUUCAUGGGCUCUCAAGAUCGUGAAUGUCUCUUCAGAAUCAGUCAGAAUAAUCGAAAUAUAUUAAAUGAAAUAUUUAUAUUUCAUUUGUAAUGCUUUUUGUCUGGAUGACUAAAGCUCAGAUUUAUGACAUCUAAAAGAUGGCAAGUGAGAAUAAAUUUGAUAGAAUUUGAACUUUUGAAAUCUUAAAGAAAGCCUCAUAAGUUUUUAAUUCGUACAUCCCAGACCAGUUUGCAAUGAGUGUUAUGCCCCAACACGGGUUUAGGAUCAGUACUGGUAACUGCAUUUGAUAAUUUGUUAAAUGUAGAUACAUACAUAAAAUGGAAGAGAUUCAACCUGACUGUUCCAGCUAUAGAGUUUUUAUUCCAAAUUGCUGAGACUAUUUUAAAGUUUUUAACUUCCAAGCAGAUGAUAGAGCCGGGCAUUGAAUUUCUUCAGGUAAGGAAAUGUGUAAAUGCGCUUGUGAAACUUGUAAUUGACUCUGAUCUUGCAUCAGUGUUUCUAGUCGGCUGAAGUUGCAGUCAUAUUACAAUUUCUUAACCAUACAUCAGUGUAUUGGUCGAACGUCAUUACUACCCUAAAUCUUCUAGUUCUUGGGACACCUGAUCUGCUGGUUUUAGCCAAUAUA